AUGCCCGAUCACGACAAGUACCAGCUGCGUCCGCGCGCUGCGCGCUCGCGCGAGCCGCGGGCCAAGCGCGAGCCGCAGCCGCUCAGCAAGUACCGCCGGAAGACGGCCAACGCACGCGAGAGGAGUCGCAUGCGGGAGAUAAACCGGGCCUUCGAGGCGCUGCGCCGGGCGGUGCCGGCGGCUGAGAUCACAGGCACGCCGGUGCCAUGCGAGAAGCUCACCAAGAUCACCACACUGCGCCUGGCGAUGCGCUACAUCACGGCACUCUCGACCGCACUGAGGGCGCCCAGCCCUCGAGAGGGCGCGGAAGGCGCGGAGGGCGGGCGGCCGGAGCGCUGGCCCUCGCCGCUGUGCUCGGAACUGUCCGAGUUCUCCACGGAGCAGGAGACCACGUCGGAGUUCGCGGAGGACUCUCUCUCGCCCUUCGACUCCUUCUUCGCGGAGUUCGACUACGAGUACGUUGACAGGACAUUUACG